AUGGCUUAUGCCGUUGCUUCUCAUCUCGAAUACUUCACCAUCCCUCUCACGGACUUCGUGACCGCCCGGCCUGAAUUUGAAGGGUUUGGAUUGGGCGUGUACAUUUUCUCUCAUGCCGAUCCCACCCCGCGCAUCCUUCUUCUCCAGCGCGCACUGACGGACUCCAUGCUUGGCUGCUGGGAGGGCCCUGGAGGCGCAUGCGAACUGAACACCGAUAAAACGUUACUCGACUCCCCUCUGCGCGAAACGCUGGAAGAAAGUGGGUUGCAUAUACUACGAAGGCGGUAA